AAAAUUGCGGUUUUCCAUUGGACGAAUCGGUCAUUUCGUCUCUCUCUCUCGUUCUUCCUCUUCUUCGCGCACUUCCCUCUUACCACUCCACCUCCUCUGCUCGUUUUAAUGGCGAAGAUCUCACACUCACCCCACGAAAAUUCCAUUUCCACCACUGCUGAUCCAUCUCACUCUUCUCCAAUCCAUCAGAGCAAGGCUCUCAAGCGCACGCGUAAGUCCGUUCGUCGUGAUGCUCCCGCUCAGCGUAGUUCUGCAUACCGCGGCGUCACCAGGCAUAGAUGGACGGGACGGUAUGAGGCGCACUUGUGGGAUAAGAAUUCUUGGAAUGAAGGACAGAAUAAGAAAGGAAGACAAGUGUAUUUAGGAGCGUACGAUGAUGAAGAAGCGGCGGCUCAUGCUUACGACCUUGCAGCGCUCAAGUACUGGGGAGCAGAAACUGUUAUUAACUUUCCACGAUUAACGUACCAAGACGAGCUUAAAGAAAUGGAAGGCCAAUCAAGAGAAGAGUAUAUUAGAUAUUUGAGAAGGAAGAGUAGCGGCUUUUCUCGCGGUGUUUCAAAGUACAGAGGUGUAGCAAGGCACCAUCAUAAUGGGAGAUGGGAAGCUCGAAUCGGCAGAGUGUUCGGCAACAAAUAUCUUUACCUUGGAACAUACGCUACGCAAGAAGAAGCUGCUAGAGCUUACGACCUGGCGGCAAUAGAACAUCGUGGCCUUAACGCCGUUACAAAUUUCGAUAUCAGCCGUUACAUCAAAUGUCUCCGUCCAGGGGAACAGCAUAUCCCAGACAAUAACCGUCCAUCAAGUCCAAACGCCGGUGACACUGCCUCAGAAUUUGACCCCAAAUCCCCUCUCGAAAUUACCUUUCCGUCGCAAUCUUCGAGCUCCGACCAACCAACUACCGCGCCGGAACCUCACGGCGGCCACCCCUCAUCGUCGUCGGCGACGUUGGAGCUGCUACUCCAUUCGUCAAAAUUUAAACACAUACUAGAAAGGACAUCCGCCGCUGAGACUCCACAGACGCUGCCGGAAUCCGUCCGGCCGCGUCGCUGUAUACCGGACGACAUUCAAACCUACUUCGAUUGUAGUACUCAAGAUUCUGACGACAUUGCCGGAAGCGACGACGGAAUUUUCGGGUACCUAAACUCGUAUUUUCCUUCAUCAGUUUUUCAUAGCGCACUCGAUGCUUAAUUAGGUGUAAUCAAGAAAGGAGAUUGAGGAAAUGAGGAAAUAGCUUGGGUUGGCCAUGGCCAUGGCGGAUUACGACGAUCACCAGAAACGGCGACAAUGGAGGGCAUCGCCUGAGGGUCCGGGCUACACACUUGGCGAGUGAUUGUGAUUUGGUUAGCUGGAAAUUGAAAGUCUUGACGGUAUACCAGCUCAACUCCUCCAGGAAAAUUGAUUGUAGGUAUAAUAAAUUUGUUCGAUUUUGUCAAAUUAUUAAAGUUCUUAAAGUUCGAUAGUAUUUUGUAUAAUUUAAUCUUAUGUUUAGAUAAACUAUAUUCUCCUUUUAGAUGCUC